AUCUGUUCACUCGUGACUUCUGGCUUUGCUUUUGGCCAAGGUCGUAGUACAUUAUCGGCAGGGUGCCUGUCAUGAUCUUGCCCUUUCCAUUCCCCUCUCACAAGCUCGCUGGCUCUGCAUCGAACGGACCUAUCCCGACGUAUCAUACUCUUUUCGCCGACUUCAGUUUUCGUCGAUUCACCUUUCCCUUAUUCCAAUUUUCUCAGCCUGAAUAUGUACGCAUCAGCAUCUUCAUCUCCAAAACGAGGCGAUGUGGGCACCAUCAUGUGGUUGCCCAAGUAUGAAGCCUUGGAAAAGGAAUACUCAGUUCAUCAUUACGAGGAUUGCUUCGACCAUCCCGUGGUUAUUCUCUCUUCCCCAGUACAAGAAAUGGUUGAGAUCCUGAUCAUAACGUCGAUGAAUGGAAAAUCGAGCCCAACCGCCUACUGGGACAAAGAGAUCCGCGAUGGAUUUCUACCUAUUCACCCUUGUGAAGCUCAUCGGGAAAACCACCUACUUCUCCAUCUCGACCGUGGGUGCCAACAGGAGCUCAGGAAGGAUUCACACGUCAAAGCUUCCAAGCUGUGGAAAGUCCUAUUCAAGUCGCUGAAGGACUACUACGACAACCCAGCACCGAUUUACUUCAAUGAGGCUUCGCGCAAGAAGCUAGUCGAUUAUACACGAACGAGGCGAGACGACUAUUCGGUGAAAACGCUAGUCGAGUAUUCGCCGCAUACGCCAGUCGAGCAUUUUCCCGAGUGGCCGGGCGGACACUUUCCCGAGAGACGAGUCAACAUACGUUGGCGUCUUAAAUCUCCCACGACUCCGCCACAACAAGAUCGGACCUCAGAUCUGGAUUCACGGGACUCUUCCCACCACCGAGACCUCUCCAACCCCUGGGACUCUUCCCACAUCCGAAACCAUUCCAAGGCUCCGUUAGAAGACCAAAACACCCUCGUCGGCGCCAUAACUGUCCAAGAAUUAGAGAACUGGCCCGCCAUCAAGAAGGCCCUCUCUGAGCCCAACGAGCUUGCCACUCAAGCCUUGGAGAACUGGCUCAACGCCGAGACUACUCUGCGCGAGGCCAACUGGCCCCUUGCCGAAGCCUAUCCCAAAACCCGCAAGGCCCUCAACGAUGCCAGCAAGGCCCUCGUCAAUGCCACUUGGCGCGCCGACGAAGCUGAAGACAAAUGGGCAGCCAUUUCCGGGGCAAAGCGCAGCCAAACCGACGGCAAAUAUCCUUGGAAACUUCGCGAGAUGUUUGAUCCUCCAGCCUUCUGGCGCGAGUGGAAAUUGGACCCUUUUUGUCAGCUAUUGGACAAAUUCAAGAAAGCAGCUCGGGAGUUUGAUGGAACGUCACAGUAGCAGCCUCCCUAUUUUCACCCAGGCUGCCUGGCCUUGCUUUUUGGGGGCCUUGCGACAUCUCAGUUGCAAUACAUCUCAAGUCAGUUCGGUCAUGAAGAAAAAGAGUGCGUGCGCUUCUGUCACGCUGAUGUCCUCGAGUUACUAACAACCUUUGCAUAGAACAUUGCACAUUCUCGGUAAAUUGGCUCUUCCAGGAUAUUGAGCUUGGAAUCUUAAAGUUGAAUAGGUUUGAUCUAAAUGUAACUGGCAGAAUGAUCAAUUUUGUAUAUUUCUAUGCGGUAUCGUAUGUCCUGAAUUACAGGUGUCACGGAAGAAUAUAUUGUCGGAUAAACAAAACAUAAAGGAC